UAACAAGGAGAGGGCGAGCUUGUUGCCGCUUCGGUUCGCGGUGAUAGGCACUCUCGCUGGCGAUGCGCUCGUUGCUUUUGUUUGCUCUUCUUCGGAAGCAGAAGAAGCGAAGAAAGCGGUCCAGGCGGAGGCGCAAGGACAGUCAACUUCAUCAGGGUGAAGCCAACAGCAAGGUGCUCAACAUCGGCUCACCACCAAUCAGGGUACAGAGGAAAAAGCUUCUCAUUCUGGAUCUUAACGGUUUGCUUGCCGACAUUAACCAAGACCACCACAACUCCCAUUUGUCGCACGGCAAGGUCCGAGGCAAACUAGUCUUCAAAAGGCCGUACUGUGACGAUUUUCUGAGGUUUUGCAUCCGCAACUUUGAUCUGGGGAUAUGGUCGUAAAGAUUCAAAGCAAAUAUGGAUGCGGUUGUUGAUAUGCUUAUGAAAGAUCUGAAGCAGCAUCUCUUGUUCUGUUGGGACUCAUCUCAAUGCACUGCGACUGGACAUUGCACUGUUGAAAACAAGGACAAACCGUUAGUGUUGAAGGAACUGAGGAAGCUGUGGAACAAAGAGGAACCUGGCCUUGGAACAAGGGGGGACUUCUCACCCUCAAAUACUCUGCUUGUGGAUGAUUCCCCUUACAAAGCUCUGCGCAACCCGCCACACACUGCCAUCUUUCCUUACUCCUACAGCUAUAAGGAUGUCAAGGAUGAUUCAUUGGGACCUGGUGGAGAUCUUCGCUUGUACCUGGAGAACCUUGCUACUGCAGACGACGUCCAGCGUUACGUCGAGGAACACCCUUUUGGCCAACUUCAAAUCACAUAGAGGAACCCAAAUUAGCCGGGAUUGUUUAAAUAGUAAGGUAUUUCUUGGGGAGUGUGUUGUCCCUCAACACAAACUUGUGGUAGCGGAUUUUCGUUUUCGGGUACGUGUCCACCGGGACAAACGUGCAAAGAUUGCGAGAACGAAGUGGUGGAAGCUUAGAGGGUAAGCGGCGCAAAUGUUUAAGGAGAUGAUGCUAAAUGAGGAAUCUUGGGAAGAAGAAGAAGAUGCAGACGACAUGUGGCUAAAGAUGGCAACAUGUAUUCGGAAGGUGGCCUCAGAGAUGUUUGGCAUGAGUAGGGGAGGUAAAUAGGGAAAGAAAGACACCUAGUGGUGGAAUGACGAGGUGCAAAGGGCUAUUAAGGAGAAGAAUGAAUGUUUCAAGCGCCUCCACCUUGACAAGAGUAUAGCCAACAUUGAGAGCUAUAAAUUAGCGAAGAGGGCUGCAAAGCGAGCUAUGAGUGUAGCAAAGGGUAAGGCGUAUGAUGACUUGUAUCAAUGGCUAGGCACGAAGAAAGGGGAGAAGGACAUUUAUAAGUUGGCUAAGAUCCGUGAGCGGAAGACAAGGGACAUCAACCAAAUCAAAUGCAUCAAAGAUGGGACAGAUCGACUUCUAGUGAAGAAUGAGGAGAUCAAAGGUAGAUGGCGAGAGUACUUCGACAAGUUGUUUAAUAGGGAGAAUGAGGGGCCUACCCUUGAGUUAGAUGACUCUUUUGACUAUACCAACAGACGCUUUGUGAGGAGAAUUCAGGAGGCAGAG